ACCGUCACGUCACGUCUUCAGUCUUCGGUGACCAGCGCUCAACGUCGGACGUGUGCCUCGUCCAUUUUGCGCAUCGAGCAGUGAUUUUUUCUUUCUUUCUCUGAGCUAGGGGAGGGGGCACCAUUUGCCAGCAUCAUUGGAAUUUUAAUUUCAUCGAGACUGCACCGCCGCUAGCAUCCAACCACCAUGGGUUCGCUGUUCCGCAGCGAGGAGAUGACCCUGUGUCAGCUCUUCCUCCAGAGUGAGGCCGCGUACGCGUGCGUUUCCGAGCUGGGCGAGCUCGGGCUGGUCCAGUUCCGGGAUCUCAACCCCGACGUGAACGCGUUCCAGCGCAAGUUCGUGAACGAGGUGCGUCGCUGUGAUGAAAUGGAACGCAAGCUGCGCUACCUGGAGAAGGAGAUCAAGAAGGACGGGAUUCCGAUGCUGGACACCGGGGAGAGUCCCGAGGCGCCGCAGCCCCGCGAGAUGAUCGAUCUGGAGGCGACGUUCGAGAAGUUGGAGAACGAGCUGCGCGAGGUCAACCAGAACGCGGAGGCGUUGAAGCGCAACUUCCUCGAGCUGACGGAGUUGAAGCACAUUCUGCGUAAGACUCAGGUCUUCUUUGAUGAGCAACAGGCAGUGCCCGCAAGCAAUGUCGUACCUAAUAAGUCAAGAAACCGCUUUCAUCAGAUGGCGGAUUCGCACAGGGAAGAGGAACAGGUUAAUCUACUCGGUGACGAGGGCAUUCGAGCCGGUGGUGCCGGGGCACAGGGACAGAACCUAAAACUUGGCUUUGUGGCCGGAGUCAUCCUGCGCGAGCGCCUGCCCGCGUUCGAGCGGAUGCUGUGGCGUGCGUGCCGCGGAAACGUGUUCCUCCGCCAGGCCGUGAUCGAUUCCGCACUGGAGGAUCCUUCGAAUGGCGACAAGGUGUACAAGUCGGUGUUCAUCAUCUUCUUCCAAGGUGACCAGCUGAAGACACGCGUCAAGAAGAUCUGCGAGGGCUUCCGCGCGACGCUGUACCCGUGCCCGGAGGCACCGACCGACCGUCGCGAGAUGGCCAUGGGCGUGAUGACCCGCAUCGAGGAUCUGAACACGGUCCUCGGGCAGACGCAGGACCACCGUCACCGGGUGCUGGUUGCGGCCGCUAAGAACCUGAAGAAUUGGUUCGUGAAGGUGCGCAAGAUCAAGGCGAUCUACCACACGCUGAACUUGUUCAACUUGGAUGUGACGCAAAAGUGUCUGAUUGCCGAGUGCUGGGUGCCGCUGUUGGACAUUGAGACGAUCCAGAUUGCGCUGCGCCGGGGAACGGAACGUUCCGGGUCGUCGGUGCCGCCCAUUUUGAACCGCAUGGAAACGUUUGAAGAUCCGCCGACAUACAAUCGGACCAACAAGUUUACCAACGCGUUCCAAGCGCUGAUCAACGCGUACGGUGUGGCGAGCUAUCGCGAGAUGAAUCCGGCGCCGUACACGAUCAUCACGUUUCCGUUCUUGUUCGCGGUCAUGUUUGGCGAUUUGGGUCACGGUGCGAUCAUGGCGCUGUUUGGACUGUGGAUGGUGCUGAAGGAAAAGCCGCUGGCGGCCAAGAAGACCGACAACGAGAUCUGGAACAUCUUCUUCGGCGGACGUUACAUCAUAUUCUUGAUGGGUGUUUUCUCGAUGUACACUGGCUUUGUGUACAAUGACAUAUUCUCCAAGUCGCUGAACGUGUUCGGAUCUACGUGGAGCAUCAACUACAACACGUCGACCGUGAUGACCAACAAGGCACUGCAGUUGGACCCCGCCUCCGACUACGACGGAACGCCCUACCCGAUUGGGUUGGAUCCGGUUUGGCAGGUCUCGGACAACAAGAUCAUCUUCCUGAACGCGUACAAGAUGAAGAUUUCGAUCAUCUUCGGUGUGGUUCACAUGUUGUUCGGUGUCUUCGUUGGACUGUUCAACCAUCGUUACUUCAAGAACAAGCUGGCCAUCUACUGCGAAUUCAUCCCCCAAGUCAUCUUCCUCGUGUUCCUGUUCUCCUACAUGACAAUCCUGAUGUUCAUCAAGUGGGUCAAGUACUCGGCCACCAACGAAGAACCCCGCUUCCAACCCGGUUGCGCCCCGUCCAUUCUGAUUACCUUCAUUAACAUGGUCCUCUUCAAAUCGGUUGAGCAAACCGGAGAGUGCAGUCCGUUCAUGUUUGCCGGCCAGCAGGGCUUGCAGAAAUUCCUGGUCAUUAUUGCGCUGAUCUGCGUGCCAUGGAUGUUGCUGGCCAAGCCGAUCAUGAUCAUGCGUAGCCGCAAGGAAGCCGCCCAUCAACCGAUCGCCCCGUACAGCAACGAGAACGGCGAUGCCGAGGGCGCCCUGAACCCGAACAACGCCGCUGGUGCACCGGCCGCCCAACAGGGUGGCGGCGCUGGCCACGGACAUGACAACGAGGAAAUGUCCGAGAUCUUUAUCCACCAGGGCAUCCACACCAUCGAGUACGUGCUGGGAUCGGUUUCGCACACUGCCUCGUACCUGCGUUUGUGGGCUCUGUCGCUGGCUCACGCCCAGCUCGCCGAAGUGCUGUGGAACAUGGUGCUGAAGAACGGUCUCUCGCAGGGCGGCUGGAUCGGCGGCAUCGCUCUGUGGGCCAUCUUCGGCUUCUGGGCCGUCCUGACCGUGGGCAUUCUGGUUCUGAUGGAGGGUCUGUCCGCCUUCCUGCACACCCUUCGUCUGCACUGGGUCGAGUUCCAGAGCAAGUUCUACUCCGGUCUCGGGUACGCGUUCCAACCGUUCUCGUUCGAGCUCAUGCUGGAGACCAGCUCGUCGUCAACGGAGGAAUAAGUGCGGUGACAAGACAUUACAAAUGGAAUGAUUAUAUGGAAACGCAUGCAACACUAAAUGAUGAAAAAAAAAAUGCAAACCUUUCAACUCGAAAUAUAAUACUUACAUGAAUAUUAAUGUUAAAAUGAACAAGGCAUGGAAACGCAGUUUGUCAGAAAUGAAGAAAAGUAAAUUAUUUGUGUAAAGUUGUAGCAACAUCAGCUACCAUUGUAUAUGUCCUAAACAUUGUUCUAUCUCUCUUGUGUUCUAAAAAACAAAAGAUAAUCGUAACCAAAUAUCUACAUUACAGGUUGAUAAACAUAGCUUGAGCAGUUUGUAUUCAAUUGAAAAAUCGUGUUACAAAAAUUAUUAAUGUUCAAAUACCAUAAACAGGCAAAAUAAAUAGAUGUAGGCUUUAGCACUUGGUAGCAGCAGCACAA